UUAGGGGAAGGAGUUCGUCUUUCGCGGGGCCCUGGUCCUGAAGACGUGGUCCGGGUGACCCCUGGCCCUUUCCUACGCACUCCUCCUCCUGCCUUUUCCCUCUUUCCUCUGGCAGGAUGAGGCGUGCAGGCCUGGGUGAAGGAGUUCCUGCGGGCAACUAUGGGAACUAUGGCUAUGCUAAUAGUGGGUAUAGUGCCUGUGAAGAAGAGAACGAGAGACUCACUGAAAGUCUGAGAAGCAAAGUAACUGCUAUAAAAUCUCUUUCCAUUGAAAUAGGCCAUGAAGUUAAACAUCAAAAUAAAUUAUUAGCUGAAAUGGAUUCACAAUUUGAUUCUACAACUGGAUUUCUAGGUAAAACUAUGGGAAAACUGAAGAUUUUAUCCAGAGGAAGCCAAACAAAGCUGCUGUGCUAUAUGAUGCUGUUUUCAUUGUUUGUCUUUUUUGUCAUUUAUUGGAUUAUUAAACUGAGGUGAUGCAAGUAAGUGUGAGUUUGGAGUUUGUUCCAACUUAACGGCUUGGAGUACCACUUCGGUAAAAAAUCAGCAUCGAAACAUUCCUGAUUUUCAAAUACUAUGGCUUUUUCCCUUGAAGAUUACUGAAUUUUACUUGUUUUAUAAAUCAUGUUAGAUAAUACAGUGCUCUUUGAAUACUAUCUCUUAACAAUUCGUUUUUUGCCCCUAUUUUCAGGGGUAUUGAGAUGGCCUGAAGUCAGUCUGGCCCUAACAGUUUUUUUCUGUCAUUUGCUGUCAGAUUAAAUAGCAGUAUAAUAUUGUGUUGUUACCAUAAAUGUAGGUUAAUGUUCCAUGUAAAGAAACUUAGUGGGAGAAUAACAGAAUGCCCAGAGAGCCUGAUGCUGAGCUCUUGAGGCAGUGAACAAGUCUAUGAUAGAAUGGUAAAUGUAUUUUCCCCACCCAUCAUCAACCCUGAUGAUAUAUGCCCCUUUCCUCCUUCCAUUUGGUUAAAAUUGUAGGCCAAUUUCUUUUUACCUACAAUUUUCCUAAUAAUUUUUGAUAUGACUCCUCUUCCCCCUCUGCACCAGGACUUUGUUCUUUAAUAAAGCUUGUUAUUUUGGCAUAUUUCUAGUAGGGCCCAAAACAAAUGUGUUCCAAUAUAGUUGUUGUUUUAUAUUAACUUUAUACAUAUCAUUGACUUGGCUUAUAAUGGUUUAUGAUUUUAGCUACUUAGGUAGGCCGUUUGGUUAUCGUUUGUGACAGAAUAAUGUGAAGCUAAAGUAAUUGCUAAGCUCUGAGUGGAAAUAAAAUGUUCAAGAAAAUUAAUUGCCUCUGCUUUAUCAUGUGCUCAAAAUAGAUAUCAAAAGUACUCAGGCAUUGAAUUUGGGGUUAAGAAUGUUGUUGCUUUAAUUGAGUGUAUUUGUUUAUAGAAAGCAAAACAAAGGUGGACUGUUGAGUAGAAAGAAAUAUUAAAAUGUUCUUAAAUACUCUGUACUGCUACUGUUUUGCAAUUUGCCCAUUUAUGGGCUCCAAAAAUAAAUUUUUUAAUGAAAUAUGUUAA